CGGGGGAAAGGGGAUUGAGGAGCGGGGAGGAGGCAAACCAGAGGGAGGGAGAGGAAAGGAGUCAAGAAGGGAGAGGAAAGACCCAGAGCCAGAAAAAGAGGAAAGCCGGGAGACCAAUCGCGAACCUAGAAAGGACAGCACUUAGUAUAACAAGAAUAAGACAUACGGUAGACGCAUGCGCACGACGGACUGAGGCGAGCCUGCCGGAGCUUCCCCUCUGGCUCGCCCCGCGCACGGUGGAAUCUGUGCCUGACAUUUUUGGUGUGGCCUCCUCCCGUAUCCGUGCUCCGGCCCCAUGGGCAGCCUAAUUCAUCUGUUCCCUGUUGGUUCAGCCCAAAGGGAACCCUGGAGCUGGGAAAUGCCCCUACUGCAAGUCUCCAGUCUGAUGGGAUCAGAACGGAUGGAGAUGCGGAAGCGGCAGAUGUCGGCAGCUCAGGAGCCAGCAGACCCCCUUCCAGGCCAGCAAGGGGUGGGCAACCGAGGAUCCAAUGCAUGUUGCUUCUGCUGGUGCUGCUGUUGUAGCUGUUCUUGUCUCACGGUUAGAAACCAAGAACAGAGACUCAGGAGGACUUCUCGUGAACUCAGAAGAGACGACCUUCCAAUCUGUGAAGAAAGCCCGACUCCUACUCUGGAAGAAGUCAGAGCCUGGGCACAGUCAUUCGACAAGUUAAUGCUCACUCCAGCAGGAAGGAAUGCUUUCCGUGAAUUCCUCCGAACAGAAUUCAGUGAAGAAAAUAUGCUUUUCUGGAUGGCCUGUGAGGAACUGAAAAAAGAAGUUAAUAAAAACAUUAUUGAAGAGAAAGCAAGGAUGAUAUAUGAAGACUACAUUUCUAUUCUUUCUCCUAAAGAGGUCAGCUUAGACUCCCGAGUAAGAGAAGUCAUCAACAGGAACAUGGUGGAGCCAUCCCAACAUAUAUUCGAUGAUGCACAACUUCAGAUUUACACCUUAAUGCACAGAGACUCAUAUCCCCGAUUCAUGAACUCCACUGUCUAUAAAGAUUUGCUCCAGGCCUUAUCUGAGAAAUCAGCUGAAGCAUAGGAUGUCAUCAAAUAUAUUUAUUAUUAAUAAAAUAAUAAAAGAACUCAUGGACUAUGUUUAGUACAGGGAACUUAAGAGGUAGCAAUGUCUUCUGAUGGAGUAAUACUUGGGCGAUUUUAAUAGCAGAUGCUUUCUUUUACUGAAGGCUAUGUAUCCACAGUAUAAAUUGCAGCCACCUUCAGUGAUACUUUUGAAAAAAAGGGGGCAUGGCUGUCUUAGAAAAAUAGUAUAUUUACAUUUACGAUAACAGUAGCAUGUUCUCAAUGGCAAAGGAUACACUAGAAGACUCUAUACUGCCUAGAGCAUGUACCUCCACUGGAGCAAACAGGGCUGCUUGUUUUGCAUGAGUUCAGUACCUGAUCACUCUCCUCCCAAAGAAAAGACAUUCAAGUGUUUCUCAGCAACUCCUUCCAUCAAGCUUCGUUUUGAACAUUUCACUUAUAAGUGCCAUUACAGGACUCAAAUUCCCAUUUUAUAAAGAUGUGACCACUACUUGUAAAAAUGGUGUUCCAUUUUUAUCUUAUAAUAUACGUCCGUAGAUACUUAUACGUGUGUGUGAAUCUAUACGUGGUUAAGGUAAAGCACUGUGCUCUGAAUCAGUUGCAAAUGUUUGGUAAGAGAAAUAGUGCUUAGAAAACUCUUUUGUUGAAAAGUUACCAUUAUUUUAUUAUCAGACUCUGCCAGGCUAAAGAAUGAAGUUCCCAACCUAGUCAUGUUCAUAACAAAACUUUCAAAUAAGCAUAUUUCCAUUUUUAUUAUUAAAAGAAAUAUGGGCAUUUUCACUCUAAAAAAAAUAAAGCACAAGAGUUUUA